AGCGCCAGCGGCCGCGACGUACCGGUAAGGUACGUCACGUCACGAGUCGGGCCGGCACUGCUGUAUUUGUGUUCAUUUUCUCUUCAAAAUAAUAUUAAAUAACAGAUUUCAUUCCAACUUAUUUUAGACUAGAAGUGAAAGUUGGACACUUACCGUACCGGUACGUACACUGUUAAAAGUGUUAGCAGAGCCCGUACCGGUACCAGAACCAGAGAACCCAGAGAUCAGACGUAGCCAAGAUUACAAGAUAAAGAAUUGUACAGUGUACCGUAGUCCCAUAUGGUCUAGAGAUUCCACCUCAUUAUACAAUCAUGCAGUAUCCAACACCAGGAGACAACUUCCCUGACUACACUUCAUCUGAUUGGGAAGGAAGGUCAUCCGAUGCUGCUGACACGAGCAAUGAUAGCAACCUUGGCUUUGGGAUAGACCUUGACAACUCUGGUGUGACCUUCAAAAUAACAUCUGAUGGCCCAACUGACAAUAGAGAUGAAGACAUGCCUGCUAAGCCUCUGCAGAGGCCUAAGCCUCCCAGACCCCCACCUCCGCGUAAACCCAGACUGGAUCCAUCCUCAUCAAAGAUGGAGAAAGUAUCCGACCUUGUGGUGCAGAAAGUUCGCUGGUUGUACAGAGAAGAGAAAAAAUGGGUUCCUUUCAUUGGUUAUGACUCGUGCCAGAUGGAAUGGAAGUACAGGCAGGCUAAGCAACAAUUGAAGCAGAAUGAAGAGGGAAUGGAUGUUGAUAUUGAGACUGUUGCUGUCAGAGGGGGACUCUAUGAAGUGGACGUAGUGAGGAGAAAAUGUCAUGCUAUCUACUGGUCUGAUGACACAGUGGAUGUGAUGAGGGGAACAUGGUUUUAUUCUAGUGGCACAGAACCCAUUGAAGAAGGAAUGGCUAAUGAUAUUGAGAAGGAACACCUUGACUUGUUUUCUAGAGAUGACCCUCCUGAGCCCCCUCCCCAACCAACCAAAGGAACUCAGAAAGCAAUGCAUGAAUUGUGUUUCAAAGACUGUCACGUUGACUGGUACUCCAAAGAUGCUGUAUAUUUCUAUAGUAACUCUACAAGUUCGAGAAUCGCAAGGUCCAUAGGAAACACGCUUGGAUUUUCUAAAGCAUCUACAAGUGGGUAUAAGUUAAUGCGUGGAUACCCAUCCCCAGCCAGCCUUGAUGACAAGCCCCCUCCCAUCUCUCAUCUUGUCUUUGUUGUCCAUGGAGUAGGGUAUGUGACAGACAAGAAAGCCAUCAUAAAGAACUGCUCAGACCUUAGAAAAUCAGCAACCAAAGCCAUAGGAAAACACCUGCCGGACCUGAUCUCCCCUGCAUCUACCCAUCGUGUGGAGUUCCUACCAGUAGAAUGGAGAUCAAGCCUAAGGCUUGAUAAUGGUAUGGUCUCAGCUAUUACCCCUCACAAGGUGAAAGGCCUCAGGAUUGUGCUCAACAGUACAGGCAUGGAUGUGCUUUAUUACUCUAGCCCCCUCUACAGAUCAGAAAUCAUACAGUGUGUGCAGGCAGAGGUGAACAAUCUGUACGAGAGAUUCCGGCAGCGUAAUGAGGGGUUUGAGCCUAACGGGGGCAAGGUGUCCAUAUUCUCUCACUCCUUAGGAAGUGUCAUCAUGUAUGACAUCAUCACUGGCUGGAAUCCCAUCCACCUCUACGAUCAGUACCUAUCACACGAGCAGAGUCCACACCCAGACCUUAGUGCGAUGUCUCCUGAUCAUCACGAUCUAGUGGAAGAACUUCAUCAAGCUAGAAUAAGAGUAUCCAGUCUAGAGAAGCAGCUUCUUGCUACGAACCAGAUUGCUGCAGCUAUCAAUAGACCAAAGCUUAACUUCAAGGUGGAGAAUUACUUCUGUGUGGGUUCUCCCUUAGCUGUGUUUCUUGCCUUACGUGGAGUGCGCCCCCAAGGGAAUGGAUCAAUCUCUCACAUCAUACCUAAAGCUGUGUGCAGUAGACUAUUUAACCUAUACUACCCAAGUGACCCUGUGGCAUACAGGCUGGAGCCUCUGAUACUGCGUCACUACAGCACAAUCUGCCCUCUUCAGAUCCAUCGCUUUGAGGGUAAGCAGGUACCCUACCACACUCUUAAAACCACUGCCCUGCCAGUAGCUCUUAAAACAAGUGAAGAGAUGAAAGGCAUUCAAGAAUCAGAUGCUGAGACAUCAGAAGAGAGGACUUCACCAGGAUCUUCUACUUCAUCCUCACCACAACAUCUACCAAAGGGGCAAACUGGAGCUUUUACUGGAAUGAAAGCUUGGUUCUCAAAGACGUCUGAGAAGUCUCCUGAGCUAGAGGCCCUGGAAGACAUGGAGAGAGCUAUACUAAGGAUAGAAAACAUGGCAGAUACCAAUGAGAAGGUGGAAGAGGAUGAAAUGGAGAGUGUGGAAUUGGAGCACAGAGUUGAUUUUGAAUUAAAAGAGAGUAACUUAGGAAGUUCCUAUCUUUCAGCACUCACCUCUCACACAUCAUACUGGACUGCAACUGAUGUGGGUCUCUUCGUUGUCUCUCAAUUAUUCCCGGAUUAUGCCUACUCAGAGUAGACAUGUAAGCAUUGCUGAGUCAAUUGGUCAGACCAACCAUGAGGAGUUUUUUACUUUGUUUCACUCUGGCAGGAUUUGAAGUCCAUAGCAGUGGUGACAGCAGUCAAUAUUCAAUGGUCAAUAUUUCAAUAUGAAGAAAAUGAUACCAAUUAUAAUAUGAUAUCAAAGUACAGUUGAGUAUAUGCACAUACUAACUGCGCUAUAUAAAAUGGACUCAUUAUUAUCAUUAUAAAAAAGAUGUGUACUUCAAACUGAAAUUUCUUCUUUGCGCAAUUAAGAAAUUAAAGUUAUAACCUCAUGAGAUUUUAACAUUUGCAUGGCUGAAGACUUCUCCAGACUCCAACUGUGUUGUCUGGUCAGAGAUGAGGUUGUAUCUCUAGCAAUUUGACAGUCCAAGAGAAAGUGAUGAUACAUUGCAAGUAUAUGUAUUUGAUGUUUUCUCGCAAAGUACUCUUGGACUGUUAAUCUGUCAGUGGAGAUUGAAUAAGACAAAUUUUCUUGAUUGUGUGAAAUUAAAAUCUGCCUUUAGAAUUAAGGCAAUGAGAUGAGCUUCUUUAAGGGUUUGUAUAUUGUGCAAUAAUUUAUUCAACAAUUUGAAAUAUUGAAGUUGAUUGUAGGCUUGAUAAUCCUUUACCUUUGUUUAUCCAAUUGGUGGUAAGAUUUUGCAAUGAUGAGCUUGAUCAGAAAUAUUUCACUGCUGCAAAAAAUGUCUGAGAUUGAACAAUUUCUUGUACUUUUAAUUACAUCAGUAGGAGCUCAGUAAUCAGUUUUGAUGGGGGAACAUAGAGAAGAAGUAACAGAGAUAGAGUAACAUAAUGCAUUGACUUUAUCUUAAGAGAGACCCGACCCGACAGCUUUUACAAUUCAUUUAGUGUAUUGCAGAAUGGGACAGUCUGGAGAAGUAUGGUCAUGAUUCUGAUGUUGGCUUAUGUCAGUCAGAUCCAUGACACUCAAAUUAGUUGCUUGUAGUAGUUAAAGUAGUACUACAUAGCAUGACUAGGUUAAAAAUGUUUCAAUAUGAAUUUUCAAAUGCAUUGCCUUUUUAGUUCAUUAGAUUGCAGUCUAAAUUAUCAUGUCAAACAAUGUGUGUGUAUGUUUAGCAGCAUUCAUAACAAACAUCAACAGUAUUUGCAUUAGGCAGAACAAGAGCUUUAACCCUGAUUCUCCCUGGGGGGGGGCCAUAAUGGUCCCCCCCUCCACAAUUUUCGACAAUUUGCUGCGCAAAAUUUUUUGACCUCGCCGCUCACUGACUUUUUACUUUCAAGUCUCGCGCAAAUUUUGAGACCAAAUUUGUGACGCCUGGGUACGCGGUUACGACAUUACGCAACAUUAUGUAAGUGCAUGUCAGACCCCAAAUUGCUCAUAAACGUGAUUUCAUGUACAAAUCCAAUGCAGAUUGUGUAUUAGCCAAAAUUCAUAAAUGUAUCAUUAUUUCUACUUUUGCUGAUUAAACUUAAUUAAUUUUGCCUCGUUUAUGAUCAGAAUUAAGUCUGGAACGAUUUCUAUCGAAAAAACUAUUUAAAAAAAAGUAAAACAACAAAGAAAUACAUAAGAAAUUAAAAAAACAAUAAAAUACCUAAGAAAUCGGUCUUGGUUUUAGAAUUUUUUCCAUUCACAAUUGUUAGGAAUGCUAUAAAGAAUAUUUUCACCAAAAAAUAGCAUUCUAGGAGCUUUAUUUAGUGAAUCAGAGCAAAAGUAUGAUUUCAUGAAUAAAUUAGCAUAAUUAAUUCAUAUAAAAUAAAAAUAUAUGAAUUCAGCGAAAUUUACCAAUGCAACUGCGUAGAUUACGUCAUUCUCUACCAUCAUGCAAAUUUUUGUUGUGAUCCCCCCCGGGAAUGACAAGAAUAAAAAUACCCCGGGAGAUUUAGGGUUAAAGAAAAGGAAUUUUAUUAAUUAUAUGAAAACUUGGGAAAUAGUUUUGUUUUUCUUUCAUGUUAGAUCAAAUGAUUUUUUUUUGACAGCUAUUGAACAAUGUUAAUUUUAAUUACCUGGAAUGAAAAAAAAUGGCAUGGAAAUUGUAUCCUUUUCAUAAGGAUUAAUCUCAUCUUCAAAUGUAAAACUUAUUGAGCAUGUAUAGAAUCAU